UUUUUUUUUUUUUAAAGUGCAGUACGAAAGAAGAGAAGAUUAAAAGCAGGGCGAAGAGAUAGAGGGAUGAUGAAGCAACGGCAUUUCCUCCCCGACAAGCCAUGGUUCCUCGCAGCUGUUGCUUUGGCCGUUGUGAUAGCCACCGCCCUAGUCAUCACCACCUUCACUCGUAACGCCGAUACCUCCCUCCUCUGUUCCCUCACCGGAUCCUACCGCAAAUCAACCAGCGUCGAUGCCGACUACUUCACCACGCCAACCCAACUCCUCGCCAUCCUCCACUAUGCAACAUCGCGCGUGGUCCCACAGCAAUCACUGGCCGAGAUCAGAGUCUCCUUCGACGUUCUCAAAACUGCUUCCCCUUGUAACUUCCUCGUCUUCGGCUUGGGCCACGAUUCCCUCAUGUGGUCUGCCUUCAAUCCAACCGGUACCACCUUGUUUCUUGAGGAGGACCCCAAGUGGGUUCACACCGUGCUCAAAGACGCCCCCUACCUGCAAGCCCACACUGUCCAGUAUCGAACCCAGCUCUCCCAGGCGGACGAGCUCCUCCGGACCUACCGAUCCGAGCCCAGUUGCUUACCGGCUAAUGCUUUCCUCCGGGGCAACGACCGGUGUAAGUUGGCGCUCACGGGUCUUCCCGACGAGGUGUACAACAAGGAGUGGGAUCUGAUCAUGAUCGAUGCGCCGAGGGGAUACUUCGCGGAGGCUCCCGGUAGGAUGGCAGCGAUAUUCUCGGUGGCGGUAAUGGCGAGGGCUAGGGUGCGACCCGGGGUGACGCACGUGUUCCUACACGACAUUGAUCGCAAGGUUGAGAAGACGUUCGCGGAGGAGUUCCUUUGCAGGAAAUAUUUGGUGAAUUCAGUGGGUAGGUUAUGGCAUUUUGAGAUCCCACCGGCGGCUAAAGUGAGCGAUGGUAGUAGUACUAGCGAUUCCCGGUUUUGCUAGAACGGAGGAGCUGCGUCUUAUCUCUGUCUGUCUCCGUUAUUCAUUCGGCAGCUAAAAAUUCUUGGGAAUAAGGUUUGGUGGAAUUACUCGUUGUUUUAGAUGUUAUCUUCUUCCUUCUUCUUCUUUCUUUCUUUUUUUUUUUUCUAUUUUCCUUAUCAAUUAAUCGGUUAUCAUUAUUAUUAUUAUGGAUACGGCGAAAGAGGAUUAUGAGUUUUGGAACAGAAA